UGCUCAGUAGGUUAAGGAUCCAGCGUUGUUGCAAGCUGUGGCGUAGGUUGCAGAUGUGGCUCAGAUCUGGCAUAGCUGUGGCUGUGGAGUAGGCCAGCAACUGCAGCUCUGAUUCGACUCCUAGCAUGAGAACUUACGUAUCCUUCAGGUGAAGCCCUAAAAAAUGUGUGUGUGGGGGGAGUACAAAUGAAUUUCAAAAACAUGUUGAAUGAAAGCUUGAUGCAGUAGAAUUCUCAAUUAGUACAUUAUAAAGUUCUGUGGUGAAAAAAUAAAAACAUUGGUUGCCUCUGUGGGAGGAGGGGAAGGGAUUUAUUAGGAAGGGUCAUGAGAGAACUUCCUCUGAUGAUUAAUAAUGUUCUGUACUUAGAUAGGGGUUGUGUCCCAUAGAUGUAUGCCAAAUGAGAUUUGUCAAAACUCAUUGAAUGUUACACUAAAAUUUCUGCAUUUUACUAAUAUGUAAGUUUUAUAUGCAGGGGAAAAAAGUUUUAAAAUAUGUGGUUUUGAUGCAAGUAAUCUGAAGGCCACACUUUGAGAACCACUGGGUUUGACUAAUUUCAGAAAUGACUUUUUCCUACCAUGAGAAAUAAUAAUUCAUAGAUUACUAAUGUAACAUUUUGACAAUUUUCUUUAAAAAUUCAGGGCACUUUAAAUAUUUUAAAGGUUAUAUUUGUAUUUAGUUAUAGAAAUACUGUAUUAAAAAUGUCAUUUCCUUAUUAGUAGGUUAAUUAAUAAGUGGACAAGGAUUUAUGACAGUAUUAUAUAGUUCUUUAUUCCAGUGUAUGUUCUUUUUCAGCAUUAGGAAUGCAAUUUUAAAAUCAGGAGGAAUUGGACAUGGAAAUAAUCUUGCAUUGAAUUAUAUUAAUUGAAUUGGUUAAAAUGUUCUUUAAGAUGGAUAUUUAUAGUGACAUUUGGUGAAUGGAAUGAUUCUGAUUUGUAGUUGUAUUCCUCUUUCAGUAAACUGCUGGCUUUCAUCCCAGUGCAAUUUAUUGAAUAUGUUUACUUAUGUGAUAGGUCUCUAGUGUCAUUUACUUUAAGAUUAUAGAUGUUUAAAAAAUUAAAACUUUUACUUCAUAUAUCGUAAUUAUAAUGUGAAUCUGUACACUUUCAAAAGUGCUAUAUGGAAACAAUUGGAACUGUGAUACCGAUGACCAAAUGCUGACUCAUCUGGGUGCAAGGCAAAGCUGACGUUACUGGUUUAGUAAGAAGAAAACAUAGCUUAUAGACCAUCUUCUGAUAGAAGAUGAUAGAUUUGGAUCAGAAACAGGAGGCACUGGAAGCCAGGAAUCAGAAGUGAAGAAAUUCUGCAAACCCUUGGGUUCCUAUCACUGUAACCAUGCCAGAAAUGACAGAGAAUGAGACUCCUACAAAAAAGCAGCACAGAAAGAAGGACCGGGAGACACACAAUGCAGUGGAGAGGCAUAGAAAGAAGAAAAUCAAUGCUGGGAUAAACAGAAUAGGAGAGCUGAUCCCAUGCUCCCCUGCGCUGAAACAGAGCAAGAAUAUGAUCCUGGACCAAGCCUUAAAAUAUAUAACAGAAUUGAAAAGGCAAAAUGAUGAACUCCUGCUUAACGGAGGAAACAAUGAACAAGCUGAAGAAAUAAAAAAGCUACGGAAACAACUGGAAGAAAUUCAAAAAGAAAAUGGCCGAUAUAUUGAAUUACUAAAAGCCAAUGACAUAUGUUUAUACGACGACCCUACAAUCCACUGGAAAGGAAAUCUUAAAAACUCAAAGGUCUCUGUUGUUAUUCCCAGUGACCAGGUUCAAAAAAAUAUCAUUGUUUAUUCCAAUGGGAGUCAGCCUGGUGGGAACAGCCAGGGAACAGCUGUUCAGGGGAUAACCUUUAAUGUUGGUCAUAAUUUACAAAAGCAAACUGCCAAUGUGGUGCCGGUGCAGAGGACUUGCAAUCUUGUGACUCCUGUGUCUAUUUCUGGAGUUUACCCUUCUGAAAACAAGCCAUGGCAUCAGACCACAGUUUCUGCAUUGGCUGCCAACCAGCCUGUUCCUCUUUGUCUUCCUGCUACCAUUUCUGCUCAAAACAUUCUCGAGCUUUCCACCUCCGAAAGCGAACCAAGCGUGCUUGUUGCCUCCAGCGGCUCACUGAUCGCUGUUCCCGUUGGGCCUGAACCACCCCAGCAUCGUUCACUGCUCACAUGUCUAAAUGAUCAAAAUUCUUCUGAAAAUAAGAGCGGGCAAGAGAGCCCCAAAGUACUGAAGAAAAUGGUCCCUUGUGCCACGAGCAUCUCCUCUACCUGCUCAGCAGCUGCCACUAAAGGACACCAUGGAAGCAAGUCCUGCCUGAGCAUACAGGACUGCAGAAGUGAGUUUCAAACAAUCUUCGUUGUUUCCGUGACCACCACCGUCUGCUCCCAGCCUCCCAGAUCUGCAGGUGAUUCUCGUCCAGCAAACACUGGCAAGGGUGCAGACGUGACAAGUGUUACUGCAGUGGUGGUCCCAUCUGCCCCUGGGGGAGGGAAGACCACCACUGCUGUAAGCACCCUUUCUGCAAACCCUAUGGACAAUGGUUGGACUCUUUCUUGUUCUUUGCCUUCCUCAGCUGUUAGUGCUUCAGAUUUGAAAAACAUUAAUAGCCUUACCCGAAUUUCCUCAGCUGGAAACACACAGACGACGUGGACUACUUUGCAACUGGCAGGAAACACUAUUCAGCCCUUAAGCCAGACACCGUCUUCUGCUGUGACUCCGGUAUUAAAUGAGUCUGGUACUAGCCCCACGACAACCAACCACAGUAGACAUAUGGCUACAGGCAUCAACUUGAAUAAUUCCUGUCCUGCAGAUGGGCAACCAGUUGAGCAAGUAGUUGUAACCUUGCCUUCUUAUCCAUCUUUACCUAUGCAGCCACUGAUUGCUCAGCCACAAGUUAAAUCUCAGCCUCCAAAAAAUAUUCUUCCAUUGAAUUCAGCAAUGCAGGUGAUUCAGAUGGCACAGCCAGUUGGGUCGACUGUUAACGCAGCUCCAGCUAAUCAAAAUGUUAUCAUUCUUCAGCCACCCAGCACCACCCCAUGCCCAGCAGUGAUGAGGGCAGAGGUUCCCAACCAAACAGUAGGUCAGCAGAUAGUAAUCAUACAGGCAGCUAACCAGAAUCCUUUGCCACUCCUUUCAGCUCCACCUCCUGGUUCUGUUCGACUCCCUGUCAAUGGAGCCACUGCUAUAAUAGGGUCUAAUAGCUCUGUGCAAAAUGUUUCAACCCCACAGACUUUUGGAGGAAAGCAUCUUGUCCACAUACUACCAAGAUCUUCAUCUUUAUCAACGUCUAAUUCAACACCAACUUUUUCUGUUACCAUGUCGAACCAACAGCAGCCUCAAACCAUUUCCCUAAAUGGACAGUUCUUUGCUUUGCAGCCCGUGAUGUCUUCAUCAGGAACUACAAGUCAAGCCCCUAUGCAAAUUAUUCAACCCACCACCAGCGAAGAUCCAAACACCAAUGUUGCCCUGAAUACAUUUGGCGCUUUGGCCAGCCUCAAUCAAAGCAUAUCACAGAUGGCUGGGCAAAGCUGUGUACAACUGCCUGUUAGCCAGCCUGGCAAUCCUCAAACUGCUGCAAACAGUCAAACCACCCCAGCUAGCUGUGUUUCGUUAACAACGACUGUAGCACCUCCUCUGACAACAGAUAGUUUAGUCACACAACCCAGUACUUAUAAUCUCGUGACCACUCCCUCAAUGAACACUGUAGCUUGUUUGCCUAACGGAAGGUCAAAAAGGUUAAACAAGAAGCCGGGUGUCAAGAAACACUCAGCUGCUAACAAGUCAGCCUGCCCCCUGAAUGCAGUUGGAGAUGCAGGCAAGUUAGACUGCCCCAGCACCGAAGGCCCUGCAGAGCCGUCAUGUCAUGAUGGCCUUCUGGACGGCCUCCCUGUUGUGUUACCAUCUGUCACAGUGUCGCAGGUCGACAGUGUAAGUGUUUCUGGUUCACAUUCUUUGGACAUUCUGAAUUCCGAAUCAGUGAUGCCUGAAUCUGUACCCAAAUCUAGGUCAGCAGAAGAGUCUGGCCUUCCCUCCCAAGACUCUGUCACAAGUGAACAUUUUACAAUGGCCCCAGCAAAAUCCAAAGAUUCUCUCCCUGUUUUGCAACGAGAGACAUCUCAGGAUAAGCCACCAACUAGUUUGGCAUUGCCAGAUGCUACCAAAUCCUGUACAUCAGCCAAUGUGUUGAUUUCGUCUGCAAAGGAUCCCCACAUUUUGGUUUCUCAGGUUUCUGAUUUGUCAUCUACCACGAGCACUGCAAGCACUGGCUGUGUUUCUGAGGUAGAAAUCAUUGCCGAACCUUGCAGAGUUGAGCAGGAUUCAUCAGAUACAGUUCCAGCCACAGGUCUCUUAAAGGGGCAGGGUUUAACUGCAUUGCUGUCUGGUCUUGCUAAAGAAAAAGAUCCUCAAAAAUCCUCUCUUUCAGUCCAGGUGGACCAUCCUGACUUUGCUUCAGAAAAUUCUAAAAUCGUGGAUUCAAGUGUUGAUUUACAUCCCAAGCAGGAGCUGUUACUGAUGAGCAGUGACGAUAGAGACCCAGGCCCGCAUCCUCCCUGCAUUCCCGAUCAGGAGGUUGUCAACGGGUCUUUGCUCACCAGCAGGCAGGCUGACUCUCCCAUGUCGACUAGCUCUGGUAGUAGUCGUAGUUUCUCAGUUGCAUCCAUGCUUCCUGAAACAACCAGAGAGGAUGUUGCCAGCAGUGCAACGACUAAUACGUGUGACGGCUGUACUUUUGUAGAGCAAACUGACAUAGUCGCUCUUGCAGCCAGAGCUAUUUUUGAGCAGGAGAACCUUGAGAAGGGAAGGGCUGGCACCCAGGCUGAUAUAAGGGAAGUUACUUCAAAGCCUUCCGAAGCAUCCUCAAUAGAGGGAGACCAGACUUUCAAAACACAGACAUCUAAAGAGAAUGGCCCAGGACGGACAGAAGCAACAGCCAAUGAAUUUAAUUCUCAGGAUUCGAUUGAAGCCACUGUGGAUAGGCCCCUUGAAAAACCAAGUUGUUCCGUAGGAAUCAAAACAUCAAAUACUUCUUUACAGGUUUCAGCUUCUCAGCCACCAAGCAUCACCAGUUUAAGUGUGAACAAUCUUAUUCAUCAGAGCAGCAUCAGCCAUCCUCUGGUCAGCUGCACGGGUUUAUCUCAGACUUCAGAGCAAACAGCUGUUCCUGUAACAGUUAAUCUGACAGUUUCUUCUAGCUCCUAUGGCAGCCAGCCUCCCGGACCAUCUCUGAUGACCGAAUACUCUCAAGAACAGCUAAAUACGUUGGCUGGUACCAUAUCAAAUCCACAGAUUCCAGAGCCACUCUUGAAGCCAAGUCAUGAAAGCCGUAAAGACUCUGCUAAGCGUGCUGUCCAAGAUGACCUUUUACUGUCUUCAGCUAAACGUCAGAAGCACUGUCAGCCAGCCCCCCUCCGGCUUGAAGGUCUGUCCCUGAUGAGCCGGACUCCAGAUAGCAUUUCCGAUCAAACUCAAAUGAUGGUCGGUCAGAUCCCCCCUAACUCUUCAAACCCAGUCGUGUCUGUGUCUCUGAGCAACCCAGCACAUGGAGAUGGCCUUACACGAUUAUUUCCACCAAGUAACAACUUUGUGGCCCCUGCAUUGAGGCAAACUGAGGUUCAGUGCAGUUCUCAGCCUUCUGUUGCUGAACAGCAGCAAACUCAGGCCAACCAACAUCUCCAGGCCUUGCAGCAGCAUGUUCCAGCUCAAGGGGUGCCUCACCUGCAUAGCAACCAUCUCUACUUAAAGCAGCAGCAGCAGCAGCAGCAGCAGCAGCAGCAGCAGCAGCAGCAGCAGCAGCAGCAGCAGCAGCAGCAGCAGGCAGGGCAGCUCCGAGAGAGGCAUCACUUAUAUCAACUGCAGCAUCAUGUGCCACAUGCAGAAAGCUCUGUCCACUCUCAGCCCCAUAACGUCCACCAACAGAGAACUCUGCAACAGGAAGUUCAGAUGCAGAAAAAGAGGAAUCUUGUUCAGGGCACCCAGGCCUCUCAGCUUUCUUUACAACCCAAGCACCAUGGAACUGACCAGGCCCGACCCAAGAGCAGUCAACCACACCCCCACCAUCAGCAGAUGCAGCAGCAGAUGCAGCAACACUUUGGAAGCUCCCAGCCAGAGAAGAGUUGUGAAAACCCCUCAACUAGCCGGAACCAUCAUAACCAUCCCCAGAACCAUCUCAAUCAAGAUAUUAUGCACCCGCAGCAGGAUGUGGGAAGCCGGCAGCAAGGUUCAGGGGUUUCUUCUGAACAUGUAUCUGGGCAUAAUCCAAUGCAGAGGCUUUUGACCUCGAGGGGCAUAGAGCAGCAAAUGGUGUCCCAACCGAGUAUUGUGACGAGACCUUCAGACAUGACCUGUACGCCACACAGGCCAGAGAGAAACAGAGUUUCAAGUUACUCCGCAGAGGCACUUAUUGGAAAGACAUCUUCUAAUUCAGAGCAGAGAAUGGGUAUAUCAAUUCAGGGUUCCAGAGUUUCAGAUCAGCUUGAGAUGAGAAGCUACCUUGAUGUUCCUAGAAAUAAAAGUUUGGCCAUUCAUAAUAUGCAGGGUCGUGUGGACCACAGUGUUGCCUCAGAUAUCCGCCUCUCUGACUGUCAGACAUUUAAACCAAGUGGAGCCAGUCAGCAGCCCCAGAGUAAUUUUGAAGUACAGUCUUCAAGAAAUAAUGAAAUUGGGAACCCUGUAUCAUCCUUGAGGGGUAUGCAAUCCCAGGCUUUUCGAAUAGGUCAAAACCCUGGUCCGCCACCAAUUGACCGCCAAAAGAGAUUACCCUAUCCACCAGUUCAGAGCAUCCCAACAGGAAAUGCUCUCCCACCAAGGGACAGUGAAAAUACAUGUCACCAAAGUUUCAUGCAGAGUUUACUUGCCCCUCACGUUGGUGAUCAGGUCAUUGGGAGUCAGAGAUCACUCUCGGAACAUCAGAGGAAUACACAGUGUGGCCCUUCCUCUGCAAUCGAAUAUAAUUGUCCCCCAGCUCAUGAAAGUGUCCACAUUAGAAGAGAGAGUGAGAGUCAGAACAGGGAGAGUUGUGACAUGUCCCUAGGUGCAAUUAACACCAGGAACAGCACCUUGACUAUUCCUUUUUCAAGUUCUUCUUCCUCAGGAGAUAUUCAAGGUCGAAACACAAGCCCCAAUGUUUCGGUACAGAAAUCCAAUUCCAUGAGGAUUACUGACAGUCAUGGCACCAAGGGCCACAUGAAUCCUCCCGUCACAACCAACAUGCAUGGGGUUGCAAGGCCAGCUUUGCCGCAUCCGUCUGUGUCUCAUGGAAAUGCUGACCAAGGGCCUCCGGUACGGCAGACUAAUUCUUCAGUCCCCCAGCGAUCAAGGCAUCCCUUACAAGACAGCAGUGGUUCCAAAAUUCGUCAACCUGAAAGGACCCGCUCUGGAAACCAAAGACAUAGUAACGUCUUUGAUCCAAGUCUUCCCCAUCUUCCUCUGGCCACCAGUGGCAGUAUGAUUCUUGGACGCCAGCAACCCCCUGCGGAAAAGAGAGGGAGCAUUGUUCGCUUCAUGCCCGAGAGCCCACAAGUACCUAAUGAUAAUGCUGCGCCUGACCAGCAUACACUCUCACAGAAUUUUGGCUUUCCUUUUAUUCCCGAGGGUGGCAUGAAUCCACCAAUAAAUGCUAAUACUUCUUUCAUUCCACAGGUUACUCAGCCUAGUGCCACUCGAACUCCAGCCCUCAUCCCUGUAGAUCCUCAAAAUACCCUCCCCUCCUUCUAUCCUCCUUACUCUCCUGCUCAUCCCACCCUGUCCAAUGAUAUUUCGAUCCCCUAUUUUUCUAAUCAGAUGUUCUCAAAUCCUAGCACAGAGAAGGUAAACAGUGGAAGUUUAAAUAACCGAUUUGGGUCAAUUUUGUCUCCUCCCAGACCUGUUGGUUUUGCUCAACCAAGUUUUCCUCUUCUGCCUGAUAUGCCCCCAAUGCACAUGACCAACUCUCACUUAUCCAACUUUAAUAUGACAUCAUUGUUUCCAGAAAUAGCUACAGCUCUUCCUGAUGGCUCAGCAAUGUCACCUUUGCUUACAAUAGCAAACUCCUCUGCUUCUGACUCUUCCAAGCAGUCCUCAAACAGACCUGCCCACAACAUAAGCCAUAUUUUAGGUCAUGAUUGCAGUUCAGCUGUUUAAAUCCUGAUUGAUUGAAGAUAAAUGUAACGGGUGAGAUUACAAAUGUGUUUGUGUGUGCAUUCACAUAUACAUGCACGAGAAGAAAGAGAUUGUGUGAGUGUAUCCCCAUGUGUUUGUAUAAUCAAUAUUAGGUUAUUUUCUGAAUGUAGGGAAGCCAUGUCAGAAAUGAUGUGAAUACUGGGUGGUCAAAAGCAAAUUAUCUAUCUUUCAAUUUUAACUGGAAAAAAAAUUUUAAAUUUCCAAGCAGAUUUACAUUUUAAAGUUUGAUUUCUGAUCUGAUUAUUCCCUAGAUAUUAAUCGGCUGGAAGUCAGGGGAGAUCAUCUAAGCAUAUACUGGGUAGUAGGGAGGAACCUAGAUUUUAAACUUGAUUGUUGAUGAUUUUGUAAACUAGAUAGUUGAGUUGCACUCCAAAAAAUACAGACGGUUCGAUACAACACUGUGGCUCAUAACCAAAUGCUGGCCUGUGUCAGCAUUUAGAUCAGUUUCUUACCCACAGCAGGUGUUGAGUUGACGUAGAAUGAAUGCCCAUAAUUAAAAUCAAGCCAUUAGCAAAUCAAUGAGUUAUUUAAUCAACCUUUAUUCCCAAGGUUUGGUUUAGGUAGAGGCUUCUUUCUUACUUAUAACAAUUCCUAAAUUGUCUGAAUUUCAUGUCUUGUUCUCUGAGUUGGGGAGUCAUGUUAUCCUUUAAUGUGCCAAGAUUCUGUAAAGCAAAGGUCUUCCUUAAACAAGUAGCCUUAAAGUGGAACGCUGAAAAGCAAAGUACACAGAUGUUCUCUGUUUUGUACUUGCAUUUUGCAUCAGGCCAUAAGGAUAAAAGCAGUUGUAUUGUCAAAUUUUGUAUGUGUUCAGUUAAAGAUUGUCAUUUCAUUCAUCGAGUUUUGUUUUAGUAUUCUUUGUUCUAUUUGCUCUUGAAAUAAGUUCUUUUACAUUUGUUUAAUCAUUAGGGACUGAUCAGAAAAUAGUGUGUUUGAAUCCACACAAUUAUUUGAGCCUUACUUUUUAAAUAUUUCUGAACAGAGCCUUGAGCUCUGUCAGUAUUUUCAUUUACUGAUAUUUAUAUUUAAAAUAUGGCAUUGUAUAUUGCAUUAUUAUCCUUCAUAAUAGAAUUAUAAUGAGAAGAUGAAUUUAUUAAUUAUUUCUCCUGAUGGUAGAUGUGAAAUGGUGCUUCAAAGAAUUCUUUAUAUGUGUGUGAGUAUGUGUGUACUCAGACAUAGAUUUUAAAGUAUAAACUGGCUCUUUGAAAACAGGCCUGUCAUCUGAAAAUGGGAAAUUGGGACCUGCGACCUGCUGAAGUGUAGAAGAACUUGAUGUUGGGGUUUUUUUAAACCCCACUGAAGUUAAUAAUAAAUUUAAAACAAUUAUAUUCAAAAUUCACCUAUUGAAUUUUGAAAACCUUACUAAGAACUAAGAAAAUGAUUAUAUGUACUUAUAUUCUCAAACCCAUUACAUUCUGUUGUUGUUAUAUUCUGCCAAAAAUGGGAUGGAGUGGGAGAUAUAAACUGUUCUAUCUGCUCUGCUAACAAAGUGAACCCAGAGACCAGCAUUUUAGUUUUUUUCUCCUUAAAAACGAACCUCCUAAUUCUUGGUUAGAGCAGUUAACUUCAGUGAAUACCUCUAUUAAAGACUCAGCAAAAGGGUCGUCUGUGCCUCUUCAACUGUUCUCACCAAACUUUCCUAUAUCUCUCUCGGCAGCUGGCUGAAGCAGCCUCCCGGGGCAAAAAAAAAUAUUGAAAACAAGAAAAAUGUCUCUAUUUUCUCCAUUCAAAAUGGUAAUGGGGAGUAAUAGGAGAGCUUUAUGAAUAAUUUACUUAAACACAACAACAGUUAAACACAGUAAAGUAUUUGAGGACUUUCCGGCGGCUCAGUGGGUUAUGGAUCUGGCAUUGGCACUGCUGUGGCUCAGGUCGCUGCUGUGGCUCGGGUUCGAUCCUUGGCCUGGGAACUUCUGCAUACUGUGGGUGCAGCCAAAAAAAAAAAAAAAAAAAAGUUUAAUUGAGGAAAAAAAUGAGGUUUAUAACACACACAAAAUUAUCUUAACUGAGUUUUAAGCUUUAACAUUCAAGUUUUUCUUUGUACUUGAAAGGUCCAGGCAGCCCUUUUCAAGGACAGUUUUCAAUGUAUUGGGCUAUUGGUUCUUCCUCCACAUCCCUCUUGGUUUCUCACCUCUCAGCUUCUCCUCUUUGUGUCUGCUCUCCCCUUUGAACGCUGCACACAGAUAUAUCCCCACGGUGGGCGAGUUCUGAAGAACUAGGGACUGUUAGAACUAGAGACUGUUAGAAUUGGAAUGAAGGUAACGGGCUAAGGAAAAGCUCGAUUUGAAAAUUGCAGGGGAAAGGACUCCAGUGUGGUACUUGCAGAUAUUUCUCUGUUGCAUCAGUUGCAUUUUUUUCUUGCUCAGUUCUGUUCAGAGAUACUAUUUACAUUCCUCACAGAUUUCAUUGCAAGAAUAUAAUGCUUCCCAAAUGAGACUCCCAAAUGAGUCUCUUUCCCUCAGUAAGGCUUAUUUGACCAUCUGAGGAAAGAAGGACCAUAUGCAGAUAAUUUGGCCCCUACUUACAUCUAGCUUUAAUUAUCUCACACACAUGUCGUAAGAGAUUAUUUUAUAUAUGAACUCAAUUCUGAAAGUGUUCAGAUCACAGUAAUCUUAUUGGAUUUAUAAGACUGAGUGUAUGAGAUUUACCAGCAGUAUUAAAUAUUGGUCAUUAGAGCUACAUGAUUUGAGGGAGAAAAUUUAUUAUUUAAUAUCUAUUGAUCUCUGGGUAUAAUUUUUUGCCAAAGGAGUGCAUAGUCAAUUUUGGUUAGAGUAAAUUUACCAUUAUUCAUGGUUUGCUAAUAUAUGAUUAUAGAAGGUAAAACCAUUUCUACAAAUAAAUUUGUUGUUUCUAGAGGAAAUACACAAACUUACGCAUGAGUCAUAAGUGAGAGUCAUUGAUCAAGUAAUUUCUCUCUCUUAUAGUGUUAUUGAUCACAUAGAAUUAGUUUCAGAAAGUGGUUGAUUCCUCUAAAUAUUUAACAUAGUUAACUUAAAAAGGGGGGGGGUGGCCAUGCUCAAGGCAUGUGGAAAUUCCCAGGGCAGGGAUUGAACUCACAACCACCGCAGUUGACUCGAGCCGCUGAAGUGAUAACUGCCAGAUCAUUAACCUGCUGCCCACAAGGGAACUCCUCAACAUAGUAACUUCUGUUGAGGUGAAAAGUGUCAGAUUUCUCAUCAUGCAAAAACUUUUAAUGUGUCAAUCAUGGAUAAAAAGUCAACUUUGAUGUCAUUCCUUUUUUUGAUACAUACCAGUUGUCUGGGGAUGUUUUAUACUGCUCCAGGAAAUUUAUUUUUGGGGUGUACCAGAGAAGGCACCCUUUGUCUAAGCAAGGAGUGUAAAUUCCAGAAUGUUCAUGCUUUAUAAAAUUUAAUGUAUCAGAACUGUGGAAAGAGAAGAACGAGGAGGACAUUUUUUUGCAGCAAUUUUCAGUCCCAUAUCAGGGUGAACUGUGAUGAGGAUCCGUUUUUUAAAAUCAGCCUUCUUUUUUUUUUGUCUUGUUUUUGUUUUUUUUUAGUUUACAUGUAUUAAAGUUUAUUUUGUAGCAAGAUCAAAAAAUGAUCAAAACACUUCCAAGCAUUCAUUUUCCAAAUGUUUUUUCCUUAUGUAAGUUUUUAAAAUAGUGGUGAUGUUCUCACUCCUUGUUAAAGCAACACAGUGACUUGGAAAAAUUAAGUGGUCAUUUUUCAAAAUUAUAUUCUUUUUAAAAAAUUUAUUGGAGUAUAGUUGGCUUACAAUGUUGUAUUAGUUUCAGGUGUACAGUAAAGUGAAUCAGUUAUAUAUAUAAAUAUACCCAUUUUUUCCCACGUAUAGGUUAUUACAAACUAUUGAGUAAAUUUUCCUGUGCUAUAUGGUAGGUUCUUAUUAAUCAUCUAUUUUGUACAGAAGUGUGUAUAUAUUAUUCCAUCCUCCCAAUUCCUCCUUCCGCCCAAUGGUUUCACCUAUGGUAACCAUAAGAUUGGUUUUGAAAUCUGUGAGUUUGUUUCUGCUUUAUAAAUAAGUUCUUUGUAUCAUUUUGAUUAGAUUACAAAGUCAGCAUUCUUAAUAUGCAAAACUGCUUAAACAUUUUAAAGAUAAUUCAUUUACCUUGCUCUUGCCUUCUAACUGUAGCCAUUUCAUGGAGUGGCUAAGAUACGCCAAUAAACUGUGGAAAUAGGUUUUUUUUUUUUUUAAAUACAUUUUAAUGGGAGUAAAGUUCUAAAAAUUUGAGGAAGUGUAAUGACUCACUAACAUCCAUCUUCUUAGCUUUAUCCUUCCUUUGAUAUGUAAGUACCUAGGCUCUUAGUUUCUUCUGUCUGUUCCAUGUCAAAUAGGUGGCAGGGAACCUGGUCAUUUCCUUAGCGGGAGGAUUAUUCCUCUACCCUGAGACACUGAUUGGGCAGGGCAUCUCCUGGAUUGGUGUGUGCUAGGGAUUCACAGUUCCGAUGCCUGGCCUUGGGAACCCCUGUAUUUCCUAUUCUAUUAAGGGGAAACGAGAGUUUCUCAAAACAAAAGUAGUUCAAGAUUGACUGAAAAUAUUUAAUGUGCCAUAUAGUUCUUUUCCUUGUAUUGGUGAGUUUUGUUUUUUGUUUUUUGUUUUUCCCCCAUGGAGGAGUAAAGAAAGGGCAAUGGUGGUACCGAAAUCAGAUGGCUUUGGGUUGAUAUCCUUAGGAAACUGGAAGUCAUUGUUCUACUUCUGUUGUCUCUAUAUAUCCUGCCUUUACCCAGAGAUAAUCACCUAUGGCUGUGUAUUUCCAGAGGGCAAUGAUAAUGUGAUGAUUUUAUGAUAUCUAUAUGCAAAUUAAAGGCCAGAAAUUAGUAAAUUAGUUUCUUCUCAGAUACCUUUUUGGAUGAUACCAUUUCUUCUUUCCCAGAGUUUAACAGAAAAGGGUCCUUUUUUUUUUUUUUUUUUUUUUUUUAACUUAACCCUAUUCUCCUUGCAUCCUCUACUUCCUGUGUGAGCCUAAGAGUGUUUCUACUAGAGUCUGUGGGGGACAUCAAGUUCAGAUUGGGGCAAUACAGGUGUUCUGGGAAGAAGUGUUGAGGACCUUCUUGGACAUGAGCUUCUAGUAGUGCCUGCAUGCCUCUACCCUGAGACUGCACUUUACCUGCAACUGUGCCUCUGGUCCUCGGACCAGCCAUUGGAACAGACUGCUCGCCCACUCCUCUGUUACAGCAAAGGACCGGUCGGGGUGGUGCAUGCUGUGUAACCAAACACCUAGACGACAAGUACAGCUGAUGUUUCUCACUGUUGCCUUAUCAUUCUCUGAGCCAUCUUUGAUGCCAAUCUUGUACAAAACUUAGUAGUUAGACUCAAAACUCCUUUUAAACUCAGAGCUUGUGUGUGGUGGUCAUUCAACAUCCUUAUUUCUAGAUUUGCACAAACCUCAUCACCUGUAGUCUUUUUCUGGCCCAGGUGUGCGUUCAGAUCUUCAUAAACAUGAGCCAGCCUGGGUUGAAAUUAUUGGGGAUAAUAUCCAAAUUGGUGUUAUUUUGGGCAACUGCUUAAUUUUGUCACUAGAGAUUUCAUGAGACAUAGGAAGAUAAUCUUUAGCUGUAAUUUAACACUUAAAAAAGGAUCAUUAAAUCUUUUUUUUUUUUUUUUUUUUUUUUGGUGCAGCUGUGUGUACAGCUACAUACCAUACUAUGUCAUAGGAACUUAAAGUUUACUCCGUAUAAAUCCCCUCUUCACUCUUCUGGACCUCUGUUCCCCUAUCCCCGAAGUCUUAGAACCAUUUUUCAUCUGUGAGGUCAUUGAGGCACUGGACUUGACUAUAUUGGGAAGUUUUGGGGAAGUUGAACUGUUGAUCUUCCAAGAAGAAAGGGACCAGACAGUGUUGCUUAAAUGCUGCAGUUGUGUUACUGUGAAGAAAAGAUUUGCUUCCACUUUCAACAGGAGAUAUAUAUAUGUGUGUAUACACACACACACACACACACACACACACAUACAUAUACACACACAUAUAUACACAUAUAUAUUCAUUUCAGUAAAAGUGGGUGGAAAAAUCUGAGAACAUACUUAUCUUUACAAAUUAUUUAUAGAUACACUGGGUGAGAAGCUUAUUGUAGGGCAGAGUCACCAGAAAAAAAUUGAACUGUAGUGCUUUCAAUCGUGUAUGUAAUAUUUGUAUCUAUUCACAUGCCAGCAAUGUUGGCUGUGCACUGUGUCCUAUUACUGUAAAUCACCUGGUUUAUAAUUCUGAUGGGAACUAAUUUGUUUUGUAAUGGAAUCCAGAGCAGAUAUGUAUAAUAUGAUCAGGAUUGUCCUACAGUUGUAAAUAAGAAUAGGUCCUGUUUAUUUUGACAUCUUUUUACAAAUACAUUGUAUUAGGGUGUGAAUAUUCUGAACCAUGCUCUUGUUUAAAGUUUUGAAAUUUUUAUUGGUAAAUGUAACAUUUUAAUGGUUGUAAUAAUUAUUUGUAUAGAUAUGAAUAUAGUAUUUUAUUUAAGAAAAUAAACUUUGCAUUUUUGCAUUGUGAA